AUGAAACCAAUAGGUAAGCAAUCAAUCGAUAAAUAGAGCCUGAUUCUCUCUUAAGAUCUGGAGCCCUACCAAGAAGAACUGCGCUGCGAUCCUUUCGGCUCCUACGUCAUCCAACACGUUCUCUUCCCGCGACGAUGCAUCUGUCGCUACGACUUCCACGGCGAACACUGCGAGUUCAUCAGUCGCUGCGUUUCUGGUAGACCCAGAAACAUCAGGUAUUCCUAUUUUCAAGUUCAGUUCGUUGCAUCAUUCUUUCAGUUCUUCAUAAAUAAAACUUGCUACUUCCAAUUCAGUAUUUUUUCUCUUUAAUUGCUGUCCUCAAACCAAAAAAACCUAUUUGAAGUACGAAUUUAUUUUUUCGCUUAUGAUGAUUGAAUUUCCUGACUAAAGAUAAAAAUUUCUAACUCAAAGCGUAGAUUUCUUCGGAGGAAAGAUGACAAUAGGUUUUUGGCUAUUUUUCAAUGCAAAUCGCGUCUCUAACCACAAGAAAUACUUUUUCCUCAAUAGAAACCGUUUAUAAUUUUAAAAAAUGAAACUUUUUUGUUUUUUUUUUCAACGUAGUAAAUCAAGGAACCACGAUAAUCAGAGACAGCUGCAUGUUAUUUUGUUGAUAUAUUUUCGAUGGUCACGGGAUACUCCAAAAACUCGAUACCGGAGGUCGCUGAUAAGAGAAAAACUCGGCUUAUUGUAUGAACUACUGAAUAGACGAAAAAUUAUAGUUAUAGUAUAUGGAAAACAAAGACAAGAGUAAAAAGUUGUCAAAGGUCGACAAAAAACUGAGAAUUACGCGCAAUCCAAAAUGUGCAGCUGUCAAACUACGUAGCAGCAACAGACUGUAUUUUCAGAGAACUCACUGAUAAUGAAAUUUACCGCAUAAACUAGUGAACAGACUAGGAAGUGGUCAAUUAGGAUUUUUGUAAGCUCUGUGGAAAAACUAAAACUUCGCUUCCAAUGAAAUUUCCCUAUUUUGAAAAAUGAUCAGAUAAUUUUCCAGUUGCGCUGAAGCUCCGUUUUUCUUCUUUGGAAUGCCAACGACCGUUGGAAAACGAUGUGAAGGACUGGAAAAGAUUUCGGUUUUUGGCGAAGUUGGCAGAAAUUUGCAGAUUUUGAAAUUCAGAUCUGCGAUUGCUUCCCAGGCUACACUGGUAUCCAGUGUGAGCAGAGGAAAACGUACGAACUGGAAUCGAGUCAAAAUAGUGGUCCGAUCCUGCCACUGGAAAGUUCGCACGUCGAGGUGAUGCUCGAGGAGCAGAAAGUGGAGAUCGACCAUGAUGUCGCCGAUGACAGAUACCUUUCCGUCAGUUUUGAGCAGUUUUUGAACUUGUGAUUGUUGGUCGAGUAUAGUUGGUUGAUCCAAAGAGUACGCUCAAACUUUUGAAUUAAAAUGAGUCUGACCAGAGGUGGAGGAUGGCUGCCCACUGGCCGCCCUGCCUGCCAAGCCAUAAACGCCCAAAAGCAGAAAUGAAUUUUUCAAUAGUAAGUCAAUGACUCAUUUCUAUCGCUUGGCCCAAUGGCUUGGCUUGGCCGCCAAGCCAAGGGCUGCCUUCCUAAUCCUCCACCUCUGAGUCUGACAAUGAGCGGUUUUUCAGAAAUUACUUGUGAGAUUUGAUAUGCUAAAAUUAUCAUUUGCUCAUAUAGCCAUGUUAUGACUGAAUGUAGUCUAAUAUCUCUGCGCCCUCUCAUUUAUCCGUGGAGCUUUUGUGCUUGAGGGCUGUUUUUGUAUUUUUAUGACCUUUCCGGUGAGAUAAAAGAGAGCACAGACAAGUCUGAUUGUUUCAAGUCACGGCGAAUGAGAUUUAGUUAUGUUUUAUGACUUUUUACUUUUAAGAAAAUACAUUUGAUCAUCUUUCUAAUGCUAAAUAAUAGCAGUGAAUAAGCUAUUACUAUUAUGUUGCCAUUUCAGCGCGUCCUCCAACUGAUCUACUUGGGUCUCUUGAUCGCCGCUCUGAUCUUCUUCAUCGGCGUCAACAUCUACUUCUCUUUGUGCUCCAAACAGAGAAUCUCCUACCGGUCUCAAUCGCAGUCGUCGCAACCGCAAUACUUCGCUGCGACUCCUGUCUGUUCUCAUCAAGCCUACUUCUUCAAUCGUCCCAAGGUAGUUUUUUUUCUCCGAUAAAAAAAAACUAAGGCGAUUUCCAUUCAUUUUGAAAGUAGGUGAGAAGAUGAGUCGGUUCGAGGUCAUUACAAAAAAAACGGGUUGAUGAAAGAACGACUGAAGUUUCUUUUUGAAAAAUUGAAGUUAGGCAUCAGUUGCUUUGAAUGAAACAAGUCCUUGUCAGAAAAUCGCUGAGAAGAGAACUUUGCAGCCUCCAGCCUACGAAGAAUCGGACCAACAUCCGCAAAUUCCAAUGGCUCCGUUGCCCGACGACGAGCCGCCUGUCUACGAAACGGUCAUCGUUUCUCCGGAACAUUUCCACUCUCCCAGUGUUCAUGUAUAG